UUGUAUACGGCUGUGUGGCUAAAUUACUAAUUGGAUUCCAGGGAAUCCGUCGAGAAGACGAGGAAUCGUCGCGGUGGUCGAGACGUGAGCGGAAAUGCGGUGGCAAUCAUGCGUUUAAAAGGAAAAAAUAACACCAAGUCGUUUCAUAGCGUCUACAAGGUGCUCUCCAGCAUAUGUCGUGUUGUAGAUAAAGGACAACUUGAUGGUUUCAUGGCCGAUGGUGCGGUGCCUCCACUAAAAGGUGGUCACAAUUCUAAGAACAUGGGAUUUGCUGCACAACCGAUCAGACAAACUUCCGACACCUCUACUACUGUCUAUGCGGCGGGACAGUAUGCACCGAAGGUUUUAAAGAAUUUAAAUAUCCAGAGAUUAAAGAAUCAAUUCAGUGAUGUGGGACUGGUUGCCGAUGGAGUUGUAAUCCGAGCUCAUCGCUCUGUGCUGGCUGCUGGCAGUGCGUACUUCAAUGCCAUGUUCACCGGUGGACUUGUCGAAGGGCAACAGGAAUUGGUGGAGAUACACUCGAUAUCGGCCAAGAUUCUGUCGCUUCUGGUUGAUUUUAUUUAUGCCGGUAAUGUUAAUAUUACUCAAGACAAUGUUCAAGAGUUAUUCGCUGCUGCUGACAUGUUGGAAAUAGAUGAAGUAGUUUCUGGAUGUAUUGAAUACCUGCAACAACAGCUUCACUACUCAAAUGCCCUUGGAAUUUAUAGAUUUGCGGAAGCCCAUAACAGGAUGGAUCUGAUGAAGACUGCCCAACGUUUUAUCGAAGUCAAUUUUCCUCAAGUGUCACAGGAAGAAGAGUUUUUGGAUCUGCCAAAAGAGCAUCUCGUUGGCUUUCUUAGUAGCGAGUAUAUUCACGUUGACACCGAGUUCCAGGCCUUCGAAGCUGCAUACAACUGGAUCAUUCAUGACAUUCCAGCAAGAAGAUGCUAUGUGUUCGAAAUAUUAAGUCACAUAAGGCUGCGUCUGUGUUCUUUGGCUCGACUAGAACGAAUUAUUCUUGAAUCAAAGGAUGCCAGCCUUAAUGUUGCCUUGCGAUCCAUCCAAAAGGACUUGGUUUCCAACAAAGGAUGCCUAGUACCUUUGCACGUACAACCGAGACUUUGUGCUAAAACAAAUAUAUUAGUAAUCGGUGGAUCGAAGAGGGAGCCGUCCGCUGACAACUGGGCUAGGGCUGCGGAAAGCACUUACGAGACAAUUCAGAAAUACGAUACAUUCACUGGGAAAUGGAGCGAAGUGGCACCAAUAGGAAUUGGCCGCAUACUACCAGGCGUAGCACUUCUAAAUGGCAAGGUGUACGCAGUCGGUGGGGAACUGGAAUCUUGCAUCAUUGCCAAUGGGGAAUGUUACGAUCCCCGAGAGAACGUGUGGACGUCGAUUGCUUGCAUGGUGGAACCUAGAUGUGAAUUUGGACUUUGUGCCUUGGAUAAUAGCCUGUAUGCCUUCGGUGGUUGGAUCGGAGAAGACAUUGGGGGGUCUAUCGAAGUCUACGAUCCAACUACAAAUACGUGGAGACUGGAUGGAGAGCUCAUCGAGCCACGUUUCAGCAUGGGCGUCGUAGCUCACGAGGGAUUGAUAUACAUAGUGGGUGGCUGCACGAACCAGAGCAGACAUCGGCAAGAUCUCAUGAGUUACAAUCCUGUAACGAGGGAGUGGAAUUAUCUUGCUCCGAUGCUGACCCCUCGUUCACAGAUGGGAAUAACCAUUCUAGACGGAUAUAUCUACGUUGUCGGAGGUGCCGACAAGAAUUUAGACGUUUUAGCGUCGGUAGAGAGAUAUUCCUUCGACAAGAACAAGUGGAGCACGGUGGCACCGAUGAGCGUCGCCAGGUCAUAUCCUGCAGUUGCUGCUGCCGAUGGCCGACUCUACGUGAUAGGAGGCGAUCAGUCUCGGGAAAUAAACUUUUACCGUACUCAGAUUACCAUUUCCACGGUGGAGUGUUACAAUCCAGUCAUGAACGAAUGGCACGAAUGUACUUCUUUACCGACCAGUCGAGGAGAGGCUGCGGCCAUCAUAGCGCCCUUUUGAUUAUGAUCGUCAAGCUUUAAUAACGGUCUCCUACGAGUACUGGAUACCUUUUGAAAUUACGUCUUUCUGGUCGGAUACUCAGCUUCUCCGGGGAUCGCCGACUCGCGGGGAACUCGUUUAAAUCGAUGACGCCUCUCCGGAACUUUCUGCGAGUCAAUGCAAAGAAACAUCGGUACUAGUUUUACUCAUAAGACGCACUUACCCCCUACGACAUUCUACGGAACGGUACUGGUUUUUAAUGAGACUCUUCAUUAGUACCAUCCACUAAUGUAAACAGGCAAAACGGUCAACAAACGAUUUUCUAAACGUUCUAACAUGGGAGACACUCAAAUUACGCGAAAUCCUGUCUACGGGUCAUGUCGAAAACCCAAGUCUCAUUUCGCGCCACUUCUAAGUGUAACGCCGCACAUGUAAUUUACCGUUUCAUUUGUAAAUUUGAUAUAAAAAGGAAAAGGGGGGAAAGGAGAAGCACUAAGGUGUUAAUUAAGAGGCACCGAUUUCUUGUUACUCGGACAAUCGCACAGUUCGGAAUUAAUGGCGAUUCGAGAAUGGAGGAGCGCUUAAUAUUACGUCCGCAUUUUGGUGUGGCGCUAGUGUCGUUCCGAUGCCUAAUGGCUGUCUCUAAAAUCCAAUCUCCUUAUAGAGCGACAGUUCGUCUGAGAGAGCAAUUAUUAUUACCAUUAAUUACUGUUAUCGUUUGUACACGGUGAAUGUAUGGUAGUAAUAUGUAAUAGACUGCUGCUGUGCUUAUUUUAUUACUUCAUGGAGAUAUUUACCAAUAUUUGUAUAUAUGUGUACCUGUGCGUAACUCGUCGAGCCGGUGGACGAGCCUGGACUUGCUACUCCCUCUUUAUCGUUAUCCAAAGACUAAACAAGGGCUGAAUGAGAUAUCUAUUAGUAGAGGAUAACUUGGAAUACAGGCAUGAACACAUUUGCGGACGAA